CCAAUCAUGAGUUUAAAAUCAAAAACCGAAUUUGUUUUUAUUUUUUUUUACGAAAAAAAAAUUAUGUUCGCCCGAACAUGUUCGCGAGCUGUUCGCACGAAAGCGCGAACACGUUCGUGCAAACAUGAAGGGGCGUGAACACGUUUGUCGAGAAGAAGAAGAAGAAGAAGAAGAAGAAGAAGAAGAAAAAGAAGAAAAAGAAGAAGAAGAAGAGGAAGAAGAAGAAGAGGACGACGACGAAGAGGAAGUAGAGGACGAUGAAGAAGAAGAGGACGACCAAGAAGAAGAGAACGACGAAGAAGAGGAUGGCGAAGAAGAGGACGGCGAAGAAGAGGACGACGCAGAAGAGCAUGACGAAGAAGAGGACGAAAAAGAACAGAAGGAAGAAGAAGCGGAGGAAGAAAAAGAGGACCGAGAAGAAGAGGACGAAGAAGAGGACGAAGAAGAGGACGAAGAAGAGGACAAAGUAGAAGAAAACAAAGAAAAAGAGGACGAAGAAGAAGAGGACGAAGAAGAAAAGGGCGAAGAAGAAGAGGACGACGAAGAAGAGGACGACGAAGAAGAGGAUGACAGAGAAGUACAAGACGACGAAGAAGAAAAGGACGACGAAGAAGAAGAAGUCGACGACGAAGAAGAAGUAGAGGACGGCGAAGAAGAAGAAGUAGAGGACGACGACGACGAAGAAGAAGAAGAAGAAGAAGAAGAAGAAGAAGAAGAAGAAGAAGAAGAAGAAGAAGAAGAAAAAGAAAAAGAAGAUGAAGAAGAAGAAGAAAAGAUACUGGAGGAGAAGAUAGAGGAGGAGAAGAUGGAGGUGGACUACAAGGACGACAACGAUUCGGAGAAGAAGUAAGAGAUGAAGUAGAACAGAUUUGAGAAG